GGUUACUACUUACUAGACUGGACUCUUGGGUGAUUCAAAUAAUGAUCAAACAGCUUCACAGCCAACUGUGAAUUUUCGAUUCAAUUUUGUAAAGAAGCGAUCUGUGGUUUGUUCAUCACAGAAUUCGUCGUUGAUGAUGAAGAAGGAGAGCGAAGCCCAAUUUGAACUUUGAAAUUUGGUGAACCAGAGAGACUGAUCGAUCGUUCGCUUCAUUUUUCAUUCAUGUUUCCUCAUUUUCUUCGUCUCUGAGGUCUGAAAUUUUCGAAUUGUGUUCUUUUCGAGUUUCCGUAAAAUCUGAUUUCAUUUUCAGUUUUGAGGCCCGGGACGUCUUGUAGGCUAAGCAUCGCUGAUUCUUACCAGGCUCGAAUACUCUUAGGAGAGAUUUGCAGGUUCUGGUUUUUCUGUUCCAUUAAGACAGUACUCGAUCAAGCUCAGCUUCUGUUUCAGAGCUCCGUCAAUGGGAAAUUGUCUUCCGAAACCGAAGAAAUUAUCAGCGGAAAUCGCACCCGACUAUGUCGAUGGCUGUACUAUAUUGAAGUUGUACGGUUCGCCAUCGGGUAUUCGAACCUCAUACAUUCGGAUUGCGCUUCUCUUCAAAGCCGUUCCCCUCCAAUUCCUUGCAUCCGAACACACCACCAAUCUCUGUUCCUCCGACACGCCCAUUCUGCAAUGUGGUUCCGAUACUGUAACGGGAUCUAACGACGCUAUACUCUGUUACGUCGAUGCCAAGUUCCCCAACCCACCGUUGCUUCGCGGAAUGGGUACAGGACCUUCAGGUAUAUUCUACAUGCCUGGUUUGCAGAACCAAUCGUUGGAAUCGAUUGUUUUGGUGGUAACUCUGCAACACAAGAGUAUAACGUGGCAUCUCGAAAAGCUUGUGAUUUGGGCGAAAGAUCUCCGUACACGUGAGGCGACAACCAGAGUUGAGUCAUCGAUGAGGAGCUUGCGAAUGGAGGUGAGGAAGUUUGGGAGAUGCUAUUCGCAUCUACGGGAGGUGAUGUUGGAGCACGCUCAGAUGGAGGAAAGGGUCAUCUUCCCAGUCUUGGAGAUGGCUGAUCGAGGUCUGUCUGGAGCUGCAAAUGAGGAACAUGCAAGGGACUUACCCAUAAUGAACGGCAUCAAUGAGGCCAUCAAAACCAUUGGAGUGCUGGAGGCCGGGAGCCUUGUAGAGGCUAUGUUUGAUCUGUUCAACCGAUUCAAGACUUUACAGGAGAAUUGCAGGGAACACUUUGAGGAAGAGAUGGAGCUGCUGCCGCUGUUGGAGGCAGCGGGGCUGAGCAAAGAGGGUCAGGAGAGAAUGAUGGAGAAGUGCUUGGAUGUGAUGGAAGGCACCCACUCUCGUCUGUUUAAGUUUCUGAUAGACGGCCUUUCACCUCAGGAUGCCAUGUACUACUUGGACAUUCUCAUCCGAAGCAUUGACAAGGAACGAGCUGAAAACAUGCUUCUCACCUUGAUGAAUACUUGGAACGAUAGCCCGGCGUCCACGCCCCAGGAGGAGCCCUCCGUUGAAGGCUUCUAGUACAUAAUUGAUUGCCUGUACUUCUUGCUCUUCGCUGUUGAUAUAGGAUGGAAAAUUAAAGAGAAAAAGAGAGUGAAGAUAAAAUUUCACUAAGACCUCAGGCUUCUGAGAUCUUCCCUUCUCUGCUUUUAGUGAGAUUCCAGAGACCCCUUUACAACCAUUAAUGCAAUGUUUGGGCGGUUUGGAAGAAGAUUCUCAUCUUCAUGUUCUUAUAUUUACAUUUAGAAACCAUUUUUUCCUGAAAAAAAUAAAAGGUUUUCCUAUACCUGUUGUGCAGGGUUCAUCCAUAAUAAAGGGUCGACGAGUAAGGUAGGAGAUAUCAGUACAUCUUAGAUUAAGGUAGGAAAUCACCGAUACUUCCUGUAUUGUUGGGGGAAAAUCAUUUGUACUUCCUGGAUUAAAUUGAAAUCAAGUUUUACCAUUAACAUCUUA